UAAAAAAUCAGCUUGACCAAAAGGAGAAAAAAUCACCAGCUUUACAAAACAAUAAGACAUCAACUCGACGAAAGACUGAAACAUCAAUUUGACAACACACUUUUGACCUCAUUAUAGAUUUAUCACCCAGGAGUUUUGUCUAUUUCUAAAUGUUUAAAAAGUUGUACAUAUUGAGCUCUCAGGGCCAACACACUUAAAAAUCUGAAAAUGUAAAAACUUUUAAAUCUGUUGUGAAUCAGCAAAAUCAAAUGCAGACGGUCAAGUGAAAGAAGUAUUGUUGUGUGUUUGCAGUCUGUUGUCUCCGAGGAAAAAGGGGGCUGGAUGUUCUCUCCUGUUCAAACAGCACAGAGAGGGUGGGCCGCUGCACCGUCCCCUUUGUCACAAACACGGGGAGAAAGAUGGCUGCGUUACUGCUGCUGCUGUUCAGCGCUGGAGCUUUGUUUUUGUCCUCUGAUGCUCAGGAGGCUUACAACCAGCUUCCUGAAACCUACAGGAAAGGAGUGGAUCUGGCCCUGGAGAAGCUCAACUCUCACGUAGGAAUCCAGCACCAUUUCCUCUUCUUCAGGAGUGUCUCAAAGUCAGACAUCGAGCCUGGUUUCGAUGUGAGCUACAUCUACCACCACUUCUACCUGAAAGCCACCAAGUGUGCGAAAGGAACGGUCGACUCGGCAUCGUGUCAGUUCAGAAACGACAGACCUCUGAUAGACUGCGCCAUCUGCUACAAAAUGUUCGGAGGAGAAAUUGAGCAGGAGCCCAAACCGUAUGUUCACUGUGUCCACAAACCGGCCCUGACAGAGGAGAUGAAGACGACCAGAGUGAAUCACUGCAACAUGCUGGGUUACAGCAGCGGAUCGCCGACUCUUCUGGCAUCAACGAGAACAAAAUGAACACUUUGAUGGCUCGUUUAGUAUCUACUGUGACACCUUUUGGGGUUUCUUUGUCCUUUUUUUAAAGCUACUUUUGGUACUAGUUUUAUAACUAAAAGCAGGUUGCUACCUUGUCCUUAAUGUGCACAACCUGAUACGCUUUCUGUCCGUGUUGUGGUUAUGUUGUUUUACAUUUGAGGGAGAUUUUUUUGUCACAUCUUCAAGAAUUUAUUGUUAACUUCUAUGCAAAUAUGUUAGAAUGUUGCAUUGUUUAACAAAACUGUCAGUAAACUUUAAUUUACGUUAUCUGUUGGCAUAAAGGGGCUACUUUGACCAAA